UGUGAGUGAAUUCUUACCACAACAAAACAAAAAAGGGAACAGAGGAAAACGAGAGAGAGUGAGACAGAGUAGGGAGUCACUAUUUAUGACCUUCUACUUCCUUGUCUUUAGGGUUUGAUCCAAAUGCAUAUCACUCAAAACCCAAUUGAUUGAACAGUACUGACUUCCUCUGUAUCUCUCUCUCUCUUCUAUCUUGGAGGACAAAUUCAGAGCAUUCUACUUGAAGAAUUUUGCAUGCAACCAAGAUGUGGGCUUGUGUAAAGAUUUUGCUUUGAUGAAAAAUGGAAAUGAAGUCAAGAAAGUUGAAAAUGCACAUUCUUGUUGGGUUUCUUGCUUGCAUUUUGGUAAGGGUUCACACCCUCACAGAUGAAAAUGAUUUCAAGAUUCUGACUGAUUUCGUGGAUGGCCUCAACAACCCGGAGCUCUUGAAAUGGCCAGAUAAUGGCGAUGAUCCUUGUGGGCCCCCUGCAUGGCCUCAUUUGGUGUGCUCCAACACCAGAGUCACUCAGAUUCAGGUACAAAAUCUUGGAUUGGAGGGGCCUUUGCCCCCAAAUUUUAAUCAAUUGGAGAAACUCGAGAAUCUAGGCCUUCAGAGGAAUAAAUUGAAUGGUGAUUUGCCAAGUUUUAGUGGAUUAUCUAACCUGCAGUUUGCAUACCUAGAUUUCAAUGAAUUUGAGACAAUCCCUCUUGAUUUCUUCAAUGGACUCACUAGUAUUCGUGUGUUGGCUUUGGAUGAUAACCCCUUUAACAAGAGCUCUGGUUGGAGUAUACCUAGUGAGUUAGCAGAGUGUUCUCAGUUGGUUAACUUUUCUUGCUCCGGUUGCAAUAUAGUAGGCCCGGUGCCUGAUUUCUUCGGGAAGCUCCCCUCGCUUGAUUCCUUGAGGUUGUCGUAUAAUAGGCUGAGUGGCGGUAUACCAUCCACUCUUAGUGACUCAAUGCUACAGGUUUUGUGGUUGAAUGAUCAGGAAGGAGAUGGCAUGACUGGCCCUAUUGACGUAGUCUCGACUAUGGCUGGGCUAACCACGGUCUGGCUCCAUGGAAACCACUUUUCUGGGUCGAUCCCGGAUGACAUCGGUCGUUUGACUUCCUUGAGAGAGCUAAACCUCAACAGGAACCGGCUCGUUGGGCUGAUUCCUGCUGGCUUGGCAAAUAUGGAUCUUAAGCUUCUAGAUUUGAACAAUAACAUGUUGAUGGGUCCAAUUCCAAAGUUUAAAUCUGCUAAUGUGUCGUAUGCGUUCAAUUCGUUCUGUCAAUCUGAUCAGGGCAAGCUAUGUGCUCCGGAGGUGAAUGCCCUUUUGGAUUUUCUUCGUGAAGUGGAUUAUCCCGAAAGGCUGGCAUCCGAGUGGACAGCGAAUGAUCCUUGUGGAGGGCCUUGGUGGGGGAUCAGUUGUAGUUCGGGGAAGGUUUCUGUUCUUAAUUUGCAAAAACUCCGGCUUAAUGGAACGGUUAGCCCUUCACUUGGUAACUUGUCUUCACUUCUUGAAGUUCAUUUAGAAGGAAAUCAUCUGCACGGCCGAGUCCCUGCAAGUCUUUCACAGCUGGGAUCACUGAGAUUGUUGAACUUAAGUGGGAGUAAGUUUGAUCCUCCGUUGCCAAGAUUUCGCGAGGGUGUGCGCGUGAUCAUUGAUGGCAGUCCACCGCUGCAACCUGCUAAACCGCCCAAGCAGUCCCCCUCACCAAUUGCUCAGCCACGUUUUCCCCCUGCUGCGGACCAGGAUCCAGGAUCUCCGUCUUUUGAUCCUUCAUCUGGUGAUUAUCAGCAAACGUCUAAAGAUGCUCCACCUUCGUCUGGAAAGUCAAGUCCGGUUGUAAAUGAGCCGAAACCUGCGAAUUCUACCAAAUUAAGAGCAGUGAUUAUAGCAGUUGCAACUGUAGCCUCGGCUGUUUUGAUUCUUCUUUCUGGCCUAUUUGUCAUCUGGUGUUGUAGCAGAAGAAGAAGGCCGGAAAUCCCUGCUUCCGGUUUUGUGGUUUAUCCUCAAGAUUCACCUGAUACUGGUGACAUUGCGAAGAUUGCAGUGGUGAACGGCUCUGCUGUGGUGGUUAAAAGUGGCGAUGCUGUUGUGAGCAGGACGACCACUGGAGGAUUGGACAGUGCUAAGGUGAUUGAGGCCGGGAAACUGAUGAUACCUCUUCAGGAGCUUCGCAAAGCUACCAACGAUUUUUCAGUAGAGAACGAGCUCGGACAUGGAGGUUUUGGGGUGGUUUACAAGGGCACGAGGGACGAUGGCACGGUAGUAGCAGUCAAGAGGAUGAUGGUUGCAACCAUGAGUAACAAGGCCUUAGAUGAAUUCCAAUCAGAAAUAGCCGUGCUUUCAAAUGUUCGCCACCGCCACCUUGUGACCCUCCGAGGAUACUCUGUUGAGGGAAAUGAGAGGCUUCUGGUAUACGAAUAUCUGCCUCAGGGUGCUCUUAGUAAGCAUCUUUUCCGUUGGAGAGCGCAAGGCUUGGCCCCUUUGCCCUGGAAGACAAGACUUGUCAUUGCUCUCGAUGUUGCUAGAGGAGUCGAGUAUCUUCACAAUUUGGCCCAACACAGCUUCAUACACCGUGAUCUUAAGUCUUCCAACAUUCUUCUAGACGAUGACUUUAGAGCAAAAGUGGCUGAUUUCGGAUUGGUGAAGCUGGCCCCUGACAGAGAGAGCUCUAUUCCUACCAAACUUGCUGGAACAUUCGGAUACCUUGCACCCGAAUACGCUGUGACGGGGAAGAUUACUACAAAGGUGGAUGUGUUCAGCUUUGGCGUGGUGCUGAUGGAGCUUCUGACGGGACUAGUGGCGCUUGAUGAUCAACGUCCUGAGGAGAAUCGUUACUUGGCUGAGUGGUUUUGGCAGAUAAAAUCGGAUAAGGAUAGGCUCAUUGCCUCCCUCGACCCAGCUCUAGAUAUAGGAGAGGACAUCUACGAGACCAUCUACACGGUUGCUGACCUGGCAGGGCACUGCACAGCGCGGGAUCCAAACCAUCGGCCUGAGAUGGGACACGCUGUGAACGUGCUACAAGCUCAGCUGGUGGAGAAAUGGGAGCCGUACGAGGAAAGUGAUGAGUGUUCGGGCAUAAACAUGGCGCUGCCUCUUGCGCAGAUGCUAAAAGGGUGGCAAGAAGAAGCUGCGGACGGGAAAGAUCAUAGCGGUGCUAGCCAGGACAGCAAAGGAAGCAUCCCAGCUAAGCCGUCCGGGUUUGCAGACUCCUUCACUUCUGCUGAUGCUCGCUAGCUGCAGAUAAUCUUUUCUUGCAAAAUAUUUCUCUGUUUUUUUUGUGAAUGAGAUUGAUUUGCGCUUUUGUGAUUGCAUAUGAAGAAUACUAGCCACACGUAGUUCAUCAAAAUGAAUGUGUUGUUGUCACUAUGUAGAUAAUACAGAAUAUGCUGCUUUUCCACUAUCUUUUUAAUCAGCAUCUAUACAAAUUCUUGAUCAAGUA